AUGGGGCCUUGGGUCUACACAAAAGACGAGAUGACCCUCAUUCUCCCGGUGGACCAUUGGGAUCCGGAAGGGACUACUUUUAAGGGGAACACCGAAUGGGAGUACCUCUCGUUGGAUGGAUAUGUGCACUUGGACGAUGGGUAUGCCGAUGGGACUUCGUACUAUGAGAUUGUAUUCACGCUAAGCCUACGCCGAAAAUACAUGUACUACGUGAUGGUACUAAUUUUACCGUGUUUUAUCUGCUGCACACUUUGCCUUUUCGGUCUUUUCAUCCCAUCCGAAGCCACUGGGCUACGAUACGAAAAGGUAAACCUCGGCGUCUCCACCCUGCUCGCCAUCUCCAUGAUCCUGCAAACCGUUUCCGCGGCAAUGCCCAAGGACAAGAAACUGCCAAGGCUAGGUGGAGCU